GUGGUUGUGUGGUUGUGACGCUGUGCACCGCAUGGUGAGAGCUGAGGAAGGAAAAUGGCGUUACCUGUUCCUUGUCUUGCUGUGCGGGGUUCCACCGGCAUUGCUAUGAGCAAUGGCCCUCCCUCGUACAUCGAGGUGUCGUCCUUCAAGAAGGACGACGGUAAAUCCUGCAAGGCUAUGACAUUCAGCCCGGACGGUCGCUACUUCGCCUGGAUAUCUGGCCCCUCCGUCAAAAUCGCCCUCUGCAGCUCCUGGCAGAUUGUCGCUGUCCUCCAGAAGCCCAAAGUCUGCGCCAUCAAGUUCUCCAGCUUGGGAAAUUAUUUCAUGACUUGGGAACCUUUUAUUGUGUCUCAAGCGAAUCCUCAAGGUAACCCCCAACUGCACAUAUGGAGAUCAGAGAAUGGAGAACUUGUCAAGAGUUUCACCCAGAAAAGACAGAGCGAUUGGAAACCACAAUGGUCCAGCGACGAAAAGCUCUGUGGAAUCCUGAUAAAUAACGACGUGACAUUCUACGAAAAUGCUGACUUCGAAACAGUGAAGUAUAAAUUCAAAUCAACGAAGGUAGGAAAAUUCAGAAUUGGAUCUGGAGAUGCUCCCUACCACGUCAUCUGUUAUUUACCAGGAAAACCUGGAGAGCCGUCGUUCGCUCGUCUCUUCGAGUACCCAAAAUUCGAAACUACCGAGUCCCUCGCCAACAAGAGCUUCUUCCAGGCAGACAGAGUCGACAUCCACUGGAAUCAGAAAGGCACCAGUGCCCUCAUCUUAACUAGCAUGGAUGUGGAUAAAACUGGUAGCUCUUACUACGGAAAACAGGCACUGCACUAUGUCAGUGUGUCCGGAGAGACUGCAAUGGUCACUCUAAGUGACGACGGUCCAAUCCACGCAGUAGAAUGGUCCCCGAAGAACACAGAAUUCUGUGUGAUCUACGGUCUGAUGCCGUCGAAGGCGACUCUCUUCAACCUGAAGUGCGAGCCAGUCUUCGAAUUCGGCAAGAAGCACCGUAACAGCAUUUACUACAACCCCCAGGGUAACAUCCUCCUUCUGGGUGGUUUCGGCAACCUCCGCGGAGGGAUCGAGCUCUGGGACACCUCGAAGAGGAAACUGAUAGCUAAAGCUGAGGCAGCGGACACGACUCUGCUGCAGUGGUCACCAGACGGCGAGCACUUUAUGACAGCGACAACAGCCCCUCGGCUGAGGGUGGCCAAUGGCUUCAAGAUCUGGCACUACACAGGGACCCUCCUCUACGAGAGGCCCUGGAACAAGCAGGAGGAGCUGUGGGAGGUGCUCUGGCGAGUCUACCCCUCGGCCACAUUUCCCGAGAAGACAAUUAGCUACAAAGCUGUCGAGGGAAUAGCACCUAGUCAGCCCCAACCCUCGAAGCAGGCGUACAGGCCCCCCUCGGCGAGGGGUCAGACGAUAAACUUCAAGCUGCACGACGAGGAUGAUGCACCUGUCAAGUCAGAGCCCUCGAAGGCUGCGUUGAAGGCCAAGAAGAAACGAGAGGCCAAGAGGGCGAAGAAGGAGAUUGAGGGGCCAGCAGCUCUCACCACCAAUGGACAGCUGAAGAAUCCUCCGAGGGGUCGGCAGAAGACUGGCGAUCCCGAUCUCACUGACGAUCCUGAGAAGAACAAGAAGAUCAAGAAGAUCAAGAGCAAAUUGGAACAAAUCACUAAAUUGAAGGAACAGUUGACGGUUGGGAAACAACUGGAGGUCAAUCAGCUUGACAAAAUUAAAAAGGAAGAGGAACUCCUGAAGGAACUGCAGGAUUUAAUAUUGUGAUACGUCGUACCUCGCUCAUGUGGAACAUCACUGAUUAUUUUGUAAUUGAUUAUUUUGGAGGGGACUCAGCUCAUGAAUUAUUGUGAUGGGGAUGAUGGAGAAUGUGUUUUGGGGUAAUUGGAUUGAUUGGGAAACUUGGACGGCGAUAAUUGGUGGGGGGAGGGGGGAGCAGCAUUUUCAAUUUUUACAAAUGAAUAUUUUAUUAAAAUUGAGCUUGGGGGGGAAUUUAAAAUCAGAAGGUUCUGGAGGGAAAUUGUAAAAACGUUUGGUGAGAAAAUCAUGAUUGUACACAGAUUAUUUCUUGGCUGAUGGAGGGGAAUUGAUCUGCAACUUUUUGUCAUUGUAAUUAAAGCUGGGAAUGAAGGAUGA